GCCGUUCAGAUAAUGGACGUAUGGAUGAAAAAUUUCCAACUUUGACAGGGGAGCUGAUCACUUCCGUUCUGACGUCAUCGAAGUUCCGCCGGCAGACUGGCUGUAAACAAGGGCGACAAAGAUGCAACUCGAGAUUCUUUCCACCGUAGUAAUAUUUUAGAUGCACCCAUGCAGGCAAACUAAUGCGUAAAGGUAUGGCAACACAUGCAAAUCUUUCAUCAACACCAAACGCGUGGAGGGCUUUGUCCUGUGAGAAGUCAGAGCUGCGAUUGGAUCUUACUCUUGCUUGUGGUCAGUCGUUCCGCUGGAGGGAGACGGCAGUCGACCACUGGACUGGAGUGAUGGGAGGAAAAGUGUGGACUGUUACUCAGACAGAGGACACUUUGUGGUACAGCGUGUACAAACCUAAUGACAUACAAGUGCACAGAGAAGUCAAGGCAGGAAAUGGUGGUGUUUCCCUCAAUGAGAAAAACGAGUCACAGGUGAAAUGUGAAGCAUCUGUGAAGGAGGAGGUAGCGACUGUAAACCUCCAGCAUGAUGAGGACGAAGCCAUGUUGAGAGAUUACUUCCAAAUGAAUGUGAAUUUGAGGAGUUUGUACAGAAAAUGGGGAGCGGCGGACCCCCACUUCCAAAAAAUUGCUGACACCUUCACUGGUGUGCGAAUGCUCCGUCAGGACCCCACUGAAUGCCUCUUUUCCUUCAUUUGCACCUCCAACAACCAUAUAUCUCGUAUCCAGGGCAUGGUGGAGAGGUUGUGUGAGGCCCGGGGUGAUCUGCUCUGCCAGCUGGAUCAAACCUCAUACUACGACUUUCCUUCACUGUCCGCAUUAGCAGACGACAGUGUAGAGGCAUGCCUUAGAGAACUCGGUUUUGGAUACAGAGCUCGGUUCUUGCAACAGAGUGCAAAGCAGAUUUUGGACAACCAUGGUCACAAAUGGCUUGAAGGUCUACGCAGUGUCCCGUAUGUGGAGGCCCGUGAGGCUCUGCGUGCCCUCCCUGGAGUGGGCACAAAGGUGGCAGAUUGCGUAUGUCUGAUGUCCCUGGAUAAGGCAGAUGCUGUGCCAAUCGACACGCACGUGUGGCAAAUUGCCAAGCGUGACUAUAAAUAUGCUGCUGCCAAUGAACCCAAAAGCAUCACAGAAAAGCUUCACAAAGACAUUGGUGAUUUUUUCAGAAAUCUGUGGGGUCCUUACGCCGGUUGGGCACAGUCAGUAUUGUUCUGUGCCGAUCUCAAGAAAUUCCAAAAGCUGAAAGAAGCACCACAUUUAAAAAGGGCAAAGGAAGAAUCCGACAAUGAAAGCACAUUAACAGGCAAGAGAGCAAAUAUUAGGACCGUUAAAAGUAGUACUGUAAAAAACAGGAAACCCAAAUCAGCAUGUCAACAAAAAAGAACGGGGUCUGUGAAGGAGGAGCAAGUCGUAUGACAUACUGUAUUUUUCUGCAAUACCGCAAGUGUGUGAAAUAGUAGUUUGGGUGUAUGAUUCAUGUAACCUCUGUUGUGUAAACUAUCCCUUGAAUAUACAAAUUUAGCACCGUGCUGAGUCUUUUUUUAAUUAAUCAAAAAUAGCAAAAUCCCAGUCCGCAAACAGUUAUUUCUUGCUUAGAAAGCAGCAACUCCAGUAGAUUCAGAAGUGGUCUCUAGAUGGCAGUAUGUACUAGAAUAUCUGGCAUCCAUCCAUCCAUUAUACUCGCAAUGGUGGCAGGCAUGCUCAAGCCUAUCCCGUUUUUUGGGCAGGGGGUGUGGUACACAGUGAACUGGUUGUCAGCCAAUCACAGGGCACACAUUGACAAACAACCAUUCCUGCUCACAGUCACACUUCAGGAAAUUUUCGACUCUUCCAUUAACCUACCAUGCAGGUUUUUUUACAAUGUGGAAGGAAAUCUGUGCAGGCACAGCGAGAACAUAGCAAACGCCACACAGGAAGGCCGCGGCCAGAAUCCAACCCUUGAUCUAUCUACCAUGAGGCUAACCAGUCGACACCGUUCCGCCUAACUUUUAUUACAGGAUGUUUCAUUCAUCCAUUUUCAA